UGCCGAGCUAACAAAGGUGUCAAGUCUCCUGGUGCAUACUAUUAUGAGGUGACAGUCCUUGAGGAUGGUCCUAUCAGGAUCGGCUGGUCGACAAAUGAUGCUAGCCUUGAGCUGGGCAUCGAUAACUGUGGAUUCGGAUACGGUUCUGACUUGACGACAGCAUACGGGAUAAACAACCCCAAAGCAGGACGUGCCAUGCACAGAGGCCGACCUAUCGACUAUGGUGUCUCUGUGACUAAGGGCUCCAUUAUUGGCUGUCUUAUCAACCUCGAUAAUGGCUCAGUAUCCUGGACGCACAAUGGCUCAGUGAUAGAGCCAGCAUUCACGAUUCCCGAGCAAAUGCGCGGCGAGUCUUUCUUGCCAGGUAGUUUAUGCUAUCAACCAUGUAUGUACUAA